ACUCAAACUCAAUUGAGUCAUUCAUCAUGCCAGAAUUGGAGUCUGUUAUACCUCCCAAACAGCGGGGUCUAAGCUGUGUGACUCAGAACAAGCUUGACCAUAAUUUCCGGUACAAGUCUACAGGGUGAGAAAAGGGGCGGGGAGGGGGCAGGAGGCAGCUCUCCUUAAGAGCAAGGAGAGGAGUCACAGGACGGGCGGACGGUCAUGGCUGCAAACACUCUCUCACUAGAUUUGAAGAUGUGGAUUUUACUGUUGUUGACUGCGUUCACGAUAGGAGCUUCAGCGCAAUUAUGUAAGUUUUUUUUAAUGUACAUGUCUGUUUCAAAAAUGUCUGAUUUGUGCUCUUACAGAUUUACACACCCCUCCCUAAUGGAAACAAGGUCGAUAAAUUCUUGCCUUCAUGAAGCUCAGUUUUAUAGAGAUGAUCACUGCUUGUAGUCUCACUUUUGGGCCACUCCCUGGUGGAAACAAGCGUUGAUAAAAGCUUUUUGCUGAUUUCACUUCGAGGCAAAGCCCUGAGCCUGAGAAGAGAAGCCCCUCUCCCUUCCCUCUCUCCAGCCACUUCAUCCACUUUUUCCGAGGCGUUCCCAGGCCAGCUGAGAGACGUACUCUCUCCAGCAUGUCCUGGAUCUUCCCCGCGGUCAUCUAACGGUUGGACGUGCCCUGAACGCCUCACUAGCCAGGCGUCCGGGGGGCAUCCUGACUAGAUGCCCUCAUGCCACCUCAUCUGAGUCCUCUUAAUGCAGAGGAGCAGCGGCUCUACUCCGAGCCUCUUCCCCCAAACGACCGAGUAUAAACCGACUAUAUAAAAAUCAUUCAAUAUAAGAAAAGUGCCAUUACGCACAAACACACACUCAUUAUUUAAUGUAUUUCUCUUAAACUGGUAGAAUGGCUAUAUAAUAAGGUUGUAACAGAGCAGAAAAACAGGAUGGAUAGGAUCUCCUGCAGUUUUUGAUUUACUGAGUAGGGGAAACCGGGGAUGGUUGUCGCACUUUCUACACUUUCAUAUAUAUCUUGAAAUCAAUACAUCAUAUAUAAACAAAAUGUGUAGAAGAUGAAAGACCAAAGUCUCAGGUAUAUAUUUCAUAUUCAUGUCAUUUCCAUAUCUUGUGUCAGUGUAGAGUUAUAAGCAAUCAAAUAGAGAGAGUUAACAUGUGACAUGUUGCCCCACCAUCGGGUUAGUUGUCUCACUACAUGGGGUAAGAUGUCACAGUGGAUUUUACAGCUAAUAAAACAAGGACAAAAUUAUUGUUGUUCUCAUUUUUUACUUGAAAGUGAACAUCAAAGUCAGGCACAGAAAAUGUUUAUCAUUGAGCUAGAAAAAAUUGUUGAACAUAGCCACUGAACAAACGUUAACAUAGAAUAUUAUGCAACAUGGUACAACAAAGUAUGGUAGUUGAUAAAAAAGUCCUUUAUUGUACUCCAGAUUGAUUUAUUAGCUCGGGUCACCUGUCUGACUGCCCUCAGCAUCACGCCAGGUACUGCACUGCCAUGUUUUGUUUUUCUUUUGUAAACCAUGUUUUCUUGCUUUCUCUUCUCCUUUAAACCACUUUUUGUCUGUAAAAAUAAAGUCAAAAUUCCAAUAUGACAAUUGCUAAUAAGCAGACUCUCUGUUAAUUUUAAUCCCUUUUAAACAACAACUAACCCCAAAAUGACUGAGACAUGUUGCCCCAAACUACCAUAUUUGCUAAUUCUAGCUCUAGUUUAAAGUUAGCUUCAAACAGAACAAUGACUGCACAGUACAGGAUGCCUUAAUCUCUUCUCUAACAAGUCCACAUGUAUCACUGCUUGGAUUUUUAUCUGAAAGAAACUUAUUUUAAAAUAUAUAGUUUUUUUUUUUUUACUUUUGGUUGUGUGAAAUGGUUACUUGGCGCUCAUCUCAGCUCAUAAUGUGCUCUUCUCUUCUCAGACAGGACACAACCCCUGACCAAGUCAAGAAAGAAAACUAGUUUUUCACUUUUUAGUUGCGCUCUCUGGUGGCAAAGAUAAUUGCAAUGUGACAACUUACUCAUGUGACAACAAGCCCCGGUCUCCCCUAUAUAUGUUUCAGUAAAGAAAUUUGUGCAUUUUUCUGGUCAGCCAUUAUGGAUUUUAAUCUUAAUUGAAAAGUCAGCCUAAUGAUUUAUGCAUGUAUGAUUUAACAUUGAUGAUAAGCUACCUUUAAUGUUCUGUGUGCCCUGAACACAUCCCAAAACACAAACACAGUAUUUACCAAGUCUGGGAUGAUACAGCCAUGUCUGCUAACCUGCGGUGGCCGUGCUGCUCAGUUUCGUCAGUUCAGUCAGGACCACUUUGUCAGAGAACUUUAGCGCAUUGCUAUUACAUAACAAUAACAUAACAGAUUGAGAUCUGGUGGUGUGGCUCUGUUCUGGGACCUUCCUCCCCUUCCAUGUGCAUACAUGAAGGCCUGAGGCAAGAAGACCACUCCUUCCUGCCUUUCCAAGUGUGGACUUGGAGAGCCUGAGAGAGGGAGAGCAGCACAAAACCCCCAAAACCACCACACCCGGCACUCUUACACAUGUAUGAGUGGAGUAUCAAAGGAUGAGCAAUGGCAGUCAUGCAUGCCUGAUGGCUGGUCAGUGCUGCAUCUGGUCGUUUUCAUCGCUCAAGGUGGAUUAAAGUCUGCAAUCUAGACCCACUCUUUGUUGACAUAAAAUGCACAAAGAUAAGUUUUGUCAUGAUUUGUUGCUAUAAAAAUGAGAAUUGAUCUGUGAAAGGAAAUAAGCCAAUCGGCUGCUGCCCAGUCUUUAAGGGUUAGUUACAAAAGUUUGUGUCUUUUAGUAAUAUGAAUUCAUAACAGCACCAACAUAUCUCAACCUACCAGCAAACCUCAAAUUCCAGUCUCUUUCCCGUCCAUAUCUUGUGUGUUUAAACAGACAAAAAAGCAAAUUGACAAGAUUCCUGGUGUCAUUGUUUUCUAGUUUCUGUUCGAUGACUUGCGAUUGUCCACUAGCAUUUCAGUAGACACUGACUGUAGAGUCCAGUUUGUGAGAGCUUAGAGGUUUACAGACAUCAGUGUAGAAAUGCUACAAAAUGCAACAAAAAGUCAAGUUGUGUCCAUCUUCAGGUUAGGUGGAUGAGUUGAGAUUGGUCAAGCCCCAGUUGGGAGGGUUUGUUCUGUGUUAUUCACUUUGGCAAAGUGCCAUUGAGAUUUGUCAAUAGAAGAAUUGCUGAUACAACAGAAGUUGUAAUCUUGAUAUUAUUGCUGUUUGACUCAGUUUGAUUCUGUGCCACCUCAUGCAAAUUGUUCUUUUUUUUUCCCUCUCAACUUUUCCUACAUGAUUCCCCUCCUUUAGUGAACCCAAAGUGCUCUGUGAUAAAGAAUGAGACGCAGCAGGCUGACAUUAGGAGGCCAGAGGACGGCAUCUCCAAUCCUGAGUGUGAGACAGACGGCAAAUUCAAGAACAAGCAGUGCUAUAAAGAGGAUGAGUGCUGCUGUGUAAACAGUGCUGGUCUUUGCCGCACUGGCAAAGGAGACAAGAACCUCACGUGUGAGGAGCUGGUGGAGACUCAGUGAGUAUUUAAUUUCUUGUGCUGUUCAAGCAUAAAGCAAGGCUAGGUUUGCUUGAUGCAGAGAAAGUUUUGAAAAACUAUGGAGCUAAAACUUCGCAAACAACGAUAAUGUGUAUUACAGAGAUAAUUCUAUUCUAUAUUCUAUAAAAAAUACAUCUCUUACCUUUGACGACAAAACAUAUUUCUUUACGAGAACAAAAAAAAUAAUAAUUUGUGUGACUCUUUAUCUACAAGUACAUCAGAAUAUUUCCUUCAAGAACAAGUUUUUUCUUCUUACAAGUACAAAAUUUUGACCCAAAAUUUCUACCGAGGAUUUUCGUGAAUUUUUCCCAACCAACAGGUGGCACUGUGGCUCAGUCUACCAGCACUUAGAGUUUGAGCGUGACCUAGCGUGAUGGUCUGAGCAGGACCUCAAAUGCAGCACAACACCAUGGUGCAAAAGUCAGUCGGGAGAAAAAAAAACUUGUACUUGAAGGAAACAUUUGUAGAUAAAGAGUCUUAUGAAGAUUACUAUGUUUUGUAUUCAAAGUUAAGAGAUGUAAAGCACACAUUAUUUGCACAUGAAUAGAAUUGUCUGAGUAAAACACCACAACAUAGUGAUUAGAAAAUAGUAAUUUUAUCAAUAUUGUUUUAUACUGUGCAGACUGUGAUUUUUGACGAUGACAAUGACAGGGCGACCGCUGCUUCACACUCUCAUGGCACAUCUUCAUCACCUUUUUAUACUAUUAAUAUAUUACAUAACCUCAUAAUCAGUCAACGUGUAGGCCAAGCAGACAAGGUUCACUGCUUGAUGCUAAUGCUAAUGUAAUAUUUAAGAGAAUGACCCUCAUCAUCCAUUACAGCACUGAGCCUAUGUAUAGAUUAGUGAGCUAGUUCCAUCUGGCUUCCCUGGAGGUCAUGCAGAAUUUAUGAAACCAGAGUUACAUCAUUAACCUCUGUUUCCUUUAGUAUGUUGUAAUGCUUUUUAAAUCAUAUCCUAAGCUUAGAAGGUGGAGCAGUGGUCCAUCAACUGGAAGGUUGGUGGUUCGGUUCCCCCCUAUCCCGAGUCUGUCCGUUUUGUCCUUGAGCAAGACACUUAACCCACCUUGCUCCCAGUGUGUGUUCUCCACUGGUGUAUGAUUGUGAGUCAUGUUUGGUGGUGGUCGGAGAGGCUGUAGGCAGUCACGUUUCUGUCAGUCUGCCCCAGGGCAGCUGUGACUACAAAGGUAGUUUACCACCACCAGGGUGACUGUGUGAACGAAUGAAUGAUGUAUCCAAUGUAAAGUGCUUUGAGGGUCUCUGAUAAAGCACUUUACAUUGGAUACAUCAUUCAUUCGUUCUUCUGCUUCAUUAAUAUUAUAAGUCAUGUUUUUUUAAAUGAAUACUUUCAGGGUUUGAUAUUGUCUUUAUUUGUUUUUCCAGGAUCGUUCGUCUUGUGCUCACACACAGACCAGUGGCUGGGGGACUGAACGCCAAAAAGACAGAAGUGUAAGUGUGAAAGAUAUAUACCUACAUACUGUAUAUGUGAACAUACAUAAAUACAGAUACAUCUGAAAGUAAUUUGAAAAUCCUGAAAUGGUUCAGUGUCAUCCACCAUCAUGUAAUAUAUAGUCAAGACUCAUUACACUUUUAUUAAAAUGUUUCAAACCUUUUUUUUCCAUUUCAGUUUUGAUAAUCAUGUUUUACAGCUCAAGAAAGCCUCAAAAUAUUCAAAAUAUUUAUUUGGACUCUGAGUAAAUUAUUUUCCGAGCAAUAUCUCAGAUAGGCCAACUCAGGGAAAGCGGUAAACACAGUUGAUGGAUUGGGAGUAGCACUGACUUAAAUCCAGGUCACUUUGAAUAUAGAUCUUGAUAACCUGAUGUUUAGAAUUGAAAUAUUGCCAGACUGACAAUGUCUCUGCCUCUCUCCAUUGCUUGACUACACUCUUUCUACACAACACCUGACACAGUGUACAGCAGGAGAGGUGCAGCUAGUGUUUGUCCACCAUGUUUUACCAAGUCCAAGAUCAAAGCUGCAGCAGUUAUCUCCUGGUAGAUUUUCAGAUGAGAAAGGAACAUGCAUUACAGACAUGCUGAAGGCUGGGCUUUGGUAACACCUCUGCAAUGCCAGAGGGUGAUUGCCUCUAUGCCACAUCAAAUCUAUGCAGUAAUCAGUGGCAAAAAAGCCCUGAUCAAGUAUCAAAUGUAAAAAUUAAUAGAUUUCCUAGAAGGUUGACCUUCCUGUCUUGCAAAUUCAUAUUCUGAAUCAUUUUGGGAAAUAUUCCUGUAAUUUGAGACUAGAUUACAUUUUUAUGAGUAAUGACCCAUAACCCAAAUUCAAACACAAACGCUUUAUAUACAGGGGUUGGACAAUGAAACUGAAACACCUGGUUUUAGACCACAAUAAUUCAUUAGCAUGGGGUAGGGCCUCCUUUUGGGCCAAUACAGCAUCAAUUCAUCUUGAGAAUGACAGAUACAAGUCCUGCACAGUGGACAGAGGGAAUAAUGAGCCAUUCUUCUUGCAGAAUAGUGGCCAGGUCACUACAUUAUGUUGGUGGAGGAAAAUGUUUCCUUACUCACUCCUCCAAAACACCUGAAGUGGCUCAAUAAUAUUUAGAUCUGGUGACUGUGCAGGCCAUGGGAGAUGUUCAACUUCACUUUCAUGUUCACCAAACCACUCUGUCACCAGUCCUGCUGUGUGUUUCGGUGCAUUAUCAUCCUGAUACACGGAACCGCCUUCAGGAUACAGUGUUUCAACCACUUGGUGCACAUGGUCCUCCAGAAUGGCUUGGUAGUCCUUGGCAGUGACGUGCCCAUCUUGCACAAGUAUUGGGCCUAAGUAAUGCCGUGAUAUUGCAGCCCAAACCAUCACUGAUCCACCCCCAUGCUUCACUCUUGGCUUCUUCACACCGUAACUCUCCCAAAUAUGGGAAAGACGGUAAAGGUGGACUCAUCAGAGAACAAUACAUGUUUCACAUUGUCCACAUCCCAAGAUUUUCGCUGCUGGCUCCAUUUAGACCAGCGUUUGGCAUUGGCAGGAGUGACCAAAGGUUUGGCUAUAGCAGCCCGGCCGUGUAUAUUGACCUUAUGGAGCUCCCGACGCACAUUUCAUUCUGCAGUGAGUUGGGCAGCUGUGGUUUUAUAUUUUUAGGAUACAAUCUGGUUUAGCACCCGGACAUUCCUUUCAGACACUUCCUGUUGGAUGUGGUUCGUCCUUCUUAGUGGUAUGCUGACAUUACCCUGAAUACCAUGGCUUUUGAUACACUCACAAAGACAAGAUGUGCACCAACUAUUUGUCCUCUUUUGAACUCUGAUAUGUCACCCAUAAUAUUGUGUGUGCAUUGCAAUAUUUUGAGCAAAACUGCUAUUACUCUGCUAAUUGAACCUUCACACUCUACUCUUACUGGUACAAUGUGCAAUCAAUGAAGAUUGGCCACCAGGCUGGUUAAAUUGUGCCAUGAAACCUUCAACACUAAAUUGGCAGGUGUUUCAGUUUUAUUGUCCAACCCCUGUAUUUCACUAUACAAGAGAUGAGAUGGGAAUAUUUUUGAAAAACACUUUAAUACAUUUAUAUCUGCAUGUGUGAACGUUAUAGACAAAGACAACCCCAAAACUUUCACAUCAAAGUAUUAAUUUAAUAUAAUCUCUGUUUUGCCGUAGUGAUCUUGAGGCAGCAUUUCACCAGCGUUACAACAACCUUCAUAUGGACAUUGAUAAAAUAGUUCAAGUUAAGGUAAGUUGAAAAACAUACAUUUUUGUCUUGAAUUUAAUGAUCAUUACAGCAUAAAAAGAUACUCAUCUUUGUGUCAUCAUGCAGUACUACCCUGAAGACCGUCAGAUUCAAGUUGAUGUGCAGAAGCCAGAGGGGGACAGCAAUACCGACGUGGCCAGCCUUGCCUACCACAUCCAGAGAGACGUAAAUGAAUUAACACAUUUAUGCAUUUUUAUUAAGUACUUAGAGCAGCCAUCUCCAUCAACUGACCCUAGAGAGAGAAAGAGACAAACAACAGCAGGAGUUGAUACAGACUUAUGGCAACAAUGUCAAAAGUAAUAUGACUAAUAUCAGCAGCGCUCCUACUUAUACAGAAGUUAAAAGUGUCUCUCCUUUACUCAGAAACAGACUCAAAUUCAGCCUUUCAAACAGAGGAAACCGACAAACGAAUGUUUACUCUUUACUUUCCCAUGUUGUUCAACUCACAGGAUGUUAUUUAUUGUUCGAUCCUGCUGACCUUGUCAGUAGCCAGAGAUUGUAAUAAUUAAUUAAGUUAAACCAGUGGGCCACAUGCGUAAAUGUGUGUCUUUCUUAAUCUGAUAAUCAUUGACAGUUUCUGCCCUGAUUCUUUUGAGCAGACACAGCAGCAAUUCAUGCUUCAGUAUAAGGGUGUACUCAUUGCUUUAUCAGUGUGUGUUUUGUGUAUCCAGGGACACAUCCUCAUGUGCUCUGCACUUCCACUGUGUCUUUUGUAACAUUUAGACAAAGACUUCAGCAUUUUGACAAACUAAAUCUUAAAGUUGAAUUCCAUGGGUUUGCAGUCAGAGAGCAUCUUAAAAUAAGUAAGAAGAGUUUCAGGUAUGCUCCCCCUGCAGCCAGCAAGAGAACUUGGGCCUGUGCAAGCUGGUCUCUCUGUACGUUUAAAGCAGAUUGAAGGUGUCAGAGAAAGAUGCAUCAGACUGUAGGUGCUUUGAAUGAUAAUAUUUCUGGUUAAAUAUAACUUUACUCCUCUCCUUUUCCUCCCCCUGCUGGUGAAGUUGAUGCCUCUGUCAAAUAAUCAGGAGAAGUUUGAGCUGAGAGUGGACUCCAUAAAGCUGGAGUUAGAAAAAAUUCAGGAGUUCUACACUGAUGAGAAACCCCCGGACUCCCCCACCAAGGGUCCUUCAGCUCACGCCAUCACCAUCAUUGUUGUUGUAGGACUGAUAUUUACAGGGGCUGUCGCUUUUGGGAUUUAUGUGAGUUUUUCAACUUUGUUUCCUUUUCCUUGUGUGCAGCUUUGAACUCAAGUUCUGUCAGAGUUGAGUCAACUCUCUUCUAUUUGUGUUUUUAGGCUGGGGUCAAACGGUGGCAGAAAAAGAAAGAGGAGAGGGGGCCGCUCUGAACCAAUCGAAGUGAACUCCCAGUCACCAUUCUGUUUCAUUCUGUGUAACAUCUGCUCUGAUUAACUGUGUUCACAAUGAGACAGUGGGUGAGACCUUGUCUGUUUAUCACAUCUCAUCACUUUUAAAUCAUGUAUUCGUUUUGCCCCAGUUUACUUUUCUUUUUUGUAACUUUUGAAGCACAUUCUGUUGUGGGUUUGUUUGUGUUUUCAUUAAGUCUUCCAUUAAUGAGAUGCUUCUCUUGUUUUAACCAAUAUCCAGUUUUUAUAUUCCUUCAUUGUGAUAUCUCUGUCUAUCUGUCUCUGGAUGUAAAGAGCGCAACAACAACAACAAAAAAGUAUUAUUAAAAUUAUUAUAAGUUAGAAUUCACAACAAAGACACAGUAAUUUUUUUUUUUAUUUAAAAAAAAAAAUAAUAAUAAUCUCUGGAAAAUCUAAAGUCUGUUGAGUUGACUUUCUAUCACCUUUCAUGACUCUAGAGCCAAACAACUACUGAAAGCAAAAUGUGAAGACGCAGUUUCCUCGUUCCUAUGGAGCUUUGACCAACCAAUAUCAUUUAUCUAACUUUAUUUUUUUUAAACUGUGAAGUCUGAAAUGUUAAUCUGUAUGCCAUAUAUCUAUUUUUUAAGUGGAUGCUGCAUUUAUUUUGAAAUGCAGUGGUUUUACCUUGUCAAAAUACACAUUUCUCUCUUAAUUAUACACAUUUGUUGAAAUGUGAAUAAAAAUGUGUUUUCUAUCCUUUUGAAA